AGCUCAUGCCAUGGAAGAAGACAACUUAAACCAAGUCCGUCAAAUUGGUGUCUAAAAUUCCACCAAAUGUCAAGUUGCCCAAGGAGGUAUGGUUUACCACAAAACUAUCAGCAGCCUCCCUUCGUGACCCCACGUUGCCCACCUUCUUUGCCACUGUCUUUCCUUUCUCUUUCUCUCUCUAACCCACCAAAUUUCCUCCUUUGACCUUCGACGGCUAUGAAAAUUUUGAUCUUUCAGCUUUUCAAACUUCAAUCUAUAAAACCCAUCUCUCCUUCUUCCUUAGAUCUUUACUUUUGUGUUCUAUUUCAAAAAUUUUUGGUGGGUAUCUUCAUAUACCUUCUAAUUUGGGCGUUUACUCGAAGCUUAAAGCUAUGAACUUAAAGAACCCCAUGUUUUCUUCCAUUUUCUUGGUUCUUGUUCUUGUGGGAUUGAGCUGGGAACAGUUUGUUCAUAGCCAGAAUGUGGAUGGUAAUCAGUUUGCCAGCCCUGCAGCUAUCCCAUUUAUGUUGUCAAUGGCCAACGCCCAGCUCUCCAAUUUGAGCUCAAUCAUCAACUCGGAACUCAGUAGCCGCUUCCAUUUCUGCUCCAGAGACACGCAAGCUGAUUGGAACAAAGCGUUUAAUUUUUCAUCUAAUCUGAGGUUCUUGUCUUCUUGUCUACAGAAGACCAAUGGUGAUUUCAGCAAGCGCCUGUGUACAGCAGCAGAAAUCAAUUUUUACUUUGACAGUAUGAUCCUUCAAGAUCCUGGAAGUGGUUCCUUCUUGAAACUUAACAAGAAUUGUAAUUUGACUUCAUGGAGUCCUGGUUGUGAGCCAGGAUGGGCAUGUAGUGUUGGUCCUGAACAGAGCGUUGACCUUAGUAAUUCUCAGCUAUUCCCUUCAAGAAUGCAUGAUUGUCGAGCUUGUUGUGAGGGUUUCUUCUGUCCUCAGGGUCUUACAUGCAUGAUACCAUGCCCUUUAGGAUCAUAUUGUCCCAACGCCAAGUUGAAUAGAACAACAGGAGUAUGUGAGCCAUAUCUUUACCAGCUACCGCCCGGGCGGCCCAACCAUACUUGUGGAGGAGCAAAUAUUUGGGCAGAUGUUGGUCGGAGUAAAGAGAUGUUCUGUCCAGAUGGUUCAUUUUGUCCCUCAAGCACCGAACAAAUUCCUUGCGAGAGUGGACAUUACUGCAGAAUGGGUUCAACUUCUCAGAAUAGAUGCUUCAAGCUUACUUCAUGUGAUGGAAGCGCCACAAAUCAGGAUAUUCAUGCUUAUGGAGUAAUGCUUUUAGUGGCUUUAAGCACAGUUCUACUCAUAAUUUACAAUUUCUUCGACCAAAUUCUUGCUGCUAGAGAAAGAAGACUGGCUAAAUCCAGAGAAGCAGCAGCCAAAAGUGCAAAAGCAACGGCAAAAGCACAACAAAGGUGGAAAGCUGCAAAAGAUGCAGCUAAAAAGCAUGCAACUGGGUUGCAAGUUCAACUAUCACGAAAGUUUUCACGUGUGAAAAACUCAAAUACAGAAAAACAUGAGAUUUUGAAUCUGUCCGAACUCGAAACAGAUGAUGACUUACCAUAUUCACAUUCACAUAUCCCGACCACGUCGUCGACUUCAUCAGUGCACAUAGAAGAAAGAAACAAUAACCAAACUGAUCUCAUGGGGAUCAUACACGAAAUCGAAAAAGACCCUGACGGUCAUGAAGGUUUUCAUUUUGAAUCUGGUGAAGGUUUUGAAAAACAUAUGCCAAAGGGAAAGCAUUCAAGUACUCAUAGCCAGAUGUUCAGGUAUGCUUAUGUCCAACUUGAGAAAGAAAAGGCUCAGCAGCAACAGAACAACAAUCUUACGUUUUCCGGUGUAAUUAAAAUGGCAACUGAUCCUGAGAAUAAAAGGCGUCCUCCUAUCGAAGUGUCUUUUAAAGAUCUAAACCUUACUUUGAAAGCAAAAAACAAGCAUUUGUUGAGGUGUGUCACUGGAAAUAUCAAGCCUGGUCGGAUUACUGCUGUGAUGGGUCCAUCUGGAGCUGGAAAAACAACAUUUCUGUCUGCUUUGGCAGGAAAAGCAAUUGGAUGCAAGACAACAGGGUCUAUUCUGAUAAAUGGAAAGAAUGAAUCAAUUCUUUCCUAUAAAAGAAUUAUGGGUUUUGUGCCUCAAGAUGAUAUUGUUCAUGGGAACUUGACAGUGGAAGAGAAUUUAUGGUUCAGUGCAAACUGCAGACUUUCAGUGGAGUUGUCCAAAGCGGAUAAAGUUCUAAUUGUCGAAAGAGUUAUCGAGUUCUUGGGGCUCCAAACCGUGCGGAACUCCUUGGUUGGGACAGUGGAAAAGCGAGGAAUCUCUGGAGGUCAAAGGAAGAGGGUGAAUGUUGGAUUGGAAAUGGUGAUAGAGCCUUCAAUUUUGCUAUUAGAUGAGCCAACGUCUGGUUUGGACAGUUCUUCUUCUCAAUUGCUUCUUAGAGCUCUCAGGAGAGAAGCUCUUGAAGGUGUGACCAUUUGCAUGGUGGUUCAUCAACCAAGCUACACCUUAUUCAAAAUGUUCGAUGAUUUGGUUCUUCUUGCAAAAGGUGGUUUCACUGUUUAUCAUGGACCAGCCAAGAGAGUUGAAGAAUACUUUGCUGGUCUUGGAAUCAAUGUCCCAGAACGUGUUAACCCUCCAGAUCACUUCAUUGAUAUUUUGGAGGGUAUAGUAACACCUAAUGCAGACGUUAGCUAUGAAGAGCUUCCUGUUAGAUGGUUGCUUCAUAAUGGCUAUCCAGUACCAGCAGAUUUGCAGCAGAACUCGGCCCGACACGCUUCGAGCUCAGCAAGCACGCGAACUCAUGGAACAAGAAACAGUGUUCUUGUCGAACGACAACCUUCCUUAGCUGGGGAGCUAUGGCAGGGCAUGAGAAGUAAUGUUGAGGAACAUCAUGAUAAGUUACGAAUGCAUUUUAAGACUAAAGAUUUGUCGCAUCGAAGUACUCCGGGCAUACUUAAACAGUAUAGAUACUUUCUCGGAAGAAUUGGUAAGCAACGAUUACGGGACUCGAAAAUACAAGUUAUAGAUUAUUUGAUCUUGCUUCUUGCUGGUGCCUGCCUGGGAUCUAUAUCAGAUGUGAGCGAUCAGUCAUUUGGUGUUAGUGGCUAUGCUUUCACCAUUAUUGCAGUUUCCCUUCUAGGCAAAAUUGCAGCUCUGAGAACAUUUUCUUUGGAUAAGUUAGAAUAUUGGAGAGAAAGUUCUUCUGGCAUGAGCAGUUUGGCUUACUUUCUCGCAAAGGACACAGUCGACCAUUUCAAUACAGCAAUCAAGCCAUUGAUGUAUCUCUCUAUGUUCUAUUCCUUCACAAAUCCAAGAUCUUCCUUUACAAAUCAUUACGUUGUUCUACUCUGCCUUCUGUACUGCGUCACGGGUAUCGCUUACGCUUUGGCCAUCCUGUUUCAGCCAGGUGCAGCUCAACUGUGGUCAGCCAUUCUUCCUGUUGUCUUAACCCUCUUCAUUACAAGGACUCAAACUAGUUCAGCAUUGAAGAAUCUGUCCAAUAUUUGCUACCCCAAAUGGGCUUUAGAAGCAUUAGUGAUAGCAAAUGCUGAAAGGUAUGAUGGAGUGUGGCUGAUGACUCGCUGUGGAGCUUUGAAUAAAAGUGGGUUUGACCUUCAUGACUGGGGCCUAUGUCUACUCCUCCUAAUGGUCACCGGUGUUAUUUUUCGAGUAUUUUCGUACGUUUGUAUGUUGAUCUUUAGAAGAAAGUGACCCAUUAACUAUGAGGUUCAGUCCCUCAGCCAUUUUCUUAAGAGUAGUUAGCAAGCUAGAUCGACAAUACACCAUUUUCAGGCACCUCUGAAGGUUUGGAUUUUCCUAUCACAUGAAGAUCCAGUUCAGAAGUUGUAUAUAUUUUGAUAUACUGACCCUUUGCCUCUUCUGGCUCACUCAUUGUAUUCACAUGGCAAAAGUAACAAUGUAGAUAAGCGAAGUUCGACUCAAUUUUUUU